AUGGCUCUCGCCACAAAGGACCAGUCGAGGAACAUCUUCGCAAAACUGAAGGUCAAAGCUGCGAACAAGGUAUGCUUCGAUUGCGGCGCGAAGAACCCAACAUGGAGCUCCGUUCCGUUCGGCAUUUACCUCUGCCUUGAUUGCUCUGCGAACCAUAGGAACAUGGGAGUGCACAUCUCAUUCGUGCGGUCGACGAACUUGGACAUAUGGCAAUGGGAUCAGUUGCGCACUAUGAAGGUUGGCGGAAAUGAAAGCGCGACCAAGUACUUCCAGACGCACGGCGGCUCCGCUGCACUGGCGAGCAAAGACCCGAAGACGAAAUACACAAGCAAUGCGGCUACCAAGUACAAGGAGGAGCUACAAAGGCGCUGUGCUGUAGAUGCCAGACAAUAUCCUGAAGAAGUCGUAAUAACAGACGUGCCAGAAGCGAGUGGCAGCGAAGGGAACAACACUCCAGCCGGCGAGGACGACGACUUUUUCUCGUCAUGGGAUAAGCCCACCGUCAAGCGCCCCUCCAACCCACCAUCACGUACCGGUACACCCCGCGCGCAAUCUCCCUUCUUGAAGCCGGGUGCAGCUGGUAAUGGCACCGACCGACCCAAGUCGCCACUAGCAGGCGGCUCGGCGACCACACCACCCGUUGCCAGACCUGCUGUGAAAAAGACCACCUCCGGAGCAGCGCCGAAGAAGAACAUCCUCGGGGCCAAGAAAAAGGGACUGGGCGCGAAGAAGGUUGUCGCUAGUGACGGUCUAGAUUUUGAGGAAGCAGAACGCAAGGCCCGCGAAGAAGCUGAACGUAUAGAAAAGCUAGGCUACGACCCCGACGCGGAAGCCGCAGAGGCAGCUGCGACGACCAAGCCCAAGGCCCCCGAAGCUUCCAACAUUGUCGCGCCAACGCCACUCUCGCCGUCUCGCGGCGGAUUUGGCACCACCUCGAAACCCGAGAAGUCAACUAAGGAAGUGGAACGAUUGGGUAUGGGCGUCGCACGUCUCGGAUUCGGACAGGUGGGCGCAGCGAAGUCGGCAGCUGCGCCAAAGAAGAUGGGUGGUUUCGGCAGCACAAGCAAGCCCGUUGAAGACGACAGUGAGACGUACGCACGCGAAAAGUUUGGUACGCAGAAGGGUAUCGGCAGCGAUGAGUUCUUCGGCCGCGGCUCUUUUGAUCCAUCCGCAGCAGCGGAAGCCAAGUCUAGAUUAACAGGCUUCGAAGGAGCUUCCGCCAUCUCGUCGAACGCCUACUUCGGCCGCCCUGAAGACGACAUUCCUGAAGACGAUUACGGUGACCUGGAAGGCGCUGCGAAGGAUUUCGUGCGCAAGUUCGGUAUUACAGCAAGCGACGAUCUGGAAAACCUAACAAGCUUGCUAGGUGAGGGAGCGACGAAGCUGCAGGGCGCCAUCCGAAACUACUUGAAUUCAUAA